CUCUUCCGUUCCCAGCCGGCGGCCGGCGCGUAGUGAUGACGUGGGAAGUGUUGAUUGACGGCUGGAUGGAAGCUCGGUGGCUUUAGACAUGUCUGCCCUGGGGAUGGAUGGGAGCGAGGAGGUGCAGAGCCCCGGCGGGGACCCCCUGAACCUUCCAUGGGAUCGCUUCUUCUCCUGGCUGCAUUGUAUCUGUGUGGUGGGCUUCGAUCUGGAGCUGGGACAGACAGUGGAGGCUUUGUAUCCUCCGCAUGCCAAGCUAACUGACAAAGAGAAAACCAGCAUCUGCUACCUGUCAUUUCCUGACUCCAAUUCAGGCUGCCUGGGGGACACUCAGUUCUGCUUCAGGUUCCGUCAGUCGACGGGCAGGAAGUCAUCCCUGCAUUGUGUCUUGGAUCAGAUGGAUCGAGAUUCGCCUGUUUAUUUAAAGAAAGAUUCAUCCUGUUUCUAUGGUUACGUAUAUUUUCGACAAGUUCGGGACAAGACAUUAAAAAGAGGAUAUUUUCAAAAGUCUUUGGUUCUGAUCAGCAAACUGCCAUACAUCAACUUCUUUAACACUGUGGUGAAGCAGAUCGCCCCUGAGUAUUUUGAAAGAAGUGACCCGUGCUUGGAAGCAGCUUGCAGUGAUAUAGACCGAUGGCCCCCUCCUAUGCCAGGGAAGACUCUGCAUCUGCCAAUUAUGGGACUCGUCGUAAAGGUGCGAAUACCAACCAGACUUGACAAGCCAGGGACAACACAGAUUGUGGAUAUAACUCAACAGACAGAUGCACAAAUUUCUGUGUUAUUACCAACCAUCCAUGAAGUAGAUCUGUUCAGGUGCUUUUCCCCAGUCUUCUUCCACAUCCAGCUGCUAUGGGAAUUGGUGUUACUUGGGGAACCUCUGGUAGUAAUGGCUCCUUCUCCAGCACAGUCUUCUGAAACUGUGCUAGCCCUUGUUGGUUGCAUAUCACCUUUAAAAUACUGCAGUGAUUUCAGACCAUACUUCACAAUUCAUGAUUCUGAAUUCAAGGAAUAUACCACCAGAACACAAGCACCGCCUUCCGUAAUUUUUGGUGUCACCAACCCGUUCUUCGCAAAAACACUGCAGCAUUGGCCGCAUAUCAUACGCAUCGGUGAUGUAAAACUGGCAGGUGAUGUUCCCAAACAGGUGAAAGUAAAGAAACUGAAAACACUAAAGACUUUGGAUUCAAAGCCUGGUGUCUAUAGUUCCUAUAAGCCAUACCUGAACAAAGAUGAAGAGAUUAUUAAGCAGUUGCAAAAGGGUGUUCAGCAGAAACGACCAUCAGAAGCACAAAAUGCAAUUCUUCGCCGACAUUUUCUAGAGCUUACUCAGAGCUUCAUCAUUCCUCUGGAACGUUAUGUGGCAAGUUUGAUGCCGUUGCUGAAGAGCAUAUCUGCAUGGAAGAGUCCUCCACAGCUCAAAUCCUUCAGUCAGGAAGAGUUUAUGAAGACCUUGGAGAAGGCAGGUCCUCAGCUUACUUCUCGGUUAAAGGGAGACUGGAUCGGCUUAUACAGGCAUUUUUUGCGUUCACCUAACUUUGACGGCUGGUUCAGAGCCCGGAGAAAAGAAAUGAUGCAAAAGCUAGAAGCUCUUCAACUUGAAGCACUUUGUAAUGAGGAUUUGCUGAUCUGGGUACAGAAGCACUCUGAAGUUGAGGCUGUGGACCUGGUUUUAAAACUGAAAAAUAAACUGGCUCUGGCGCAGAGGGAACAGUACCCUGUAAGUGUGGACACCUUGCAGAAGCUUCAAGGACAAGUAGACAUCAUCAUACAGGAGCUGCCUGAAGACUUACAGGGGAUCUUACUGAAAACCAACAGUUCAUGAUAUACGUGGAGUAAGACUUUCCCAGCCUGCUUUUAUACAGCACAGUCACCAAGCAACAGAGCAAGACUCCCGGGAACACCGGUAUGGCCUGUGCUUUGUGAAACAGGUGAACAUAUUGCUACCCAGAGAAACAUCAAGAUCUAUUUUUCUAAUAUUGUAUCAUAGAUGGACUGCUUUUUAUGGACAAAGACCCGAUCACUGGUUAUUGGGGUCUCAAUGGGGUAAAAUCAAGAUCAUGUCUUAAUGUAAGCAUACAGCUUUGUUUUAUACGACAAAACUUGGAGACUGCGAAAAAUCCAUUCUAACAUCAUGUUUUACACAGUACGCUUUAAUGAGGGGUCAUCGUGACCAUUAUUAUUUAAUUAGACUUAGUGCAGUAAUUCAUAGCCCUUAUUUUUGGUUGUGAUGGUUACAAACUUCUACAGGAUGAAAUCAUAUUGGUUGAUAUCUAUGACCACACACUGUGUGUCUGUUGGCACUGCCUUAUUACUGGCUAUAUUUUACAAGGCAUAAUACCUCUGUGAGAAGCCUUAAGUGUAAGCUGCUGUUUUCUAAUGCUUAUCUCUGAUUCAUGCGCUCGACUCGUUUUGGAUCAGUAAGCCAGAAGCUACUUAGUUUCUUUGAUACAAACCAGUUCUUGUCCAGUGACGCAUUUUGGACGCAACCAAAAAACUGCAGCUUCCAUCUAAGGCUUUUCUAUACAUAUUAGGAAUGACAAAUAUCUGACUAAAGUUAUUUAAAUAUUUUUUAAGUUGCCUAGAUUCAGUAUGACAAAUGGCAUUAUGCCAUGAAUUGUGUGUGUCCCCCCCCCCCCAUUUACAGUGUGUCAAUAUUUCAAUAUUUUGUUCAUUAUCAUCCACAUCUUAAGACCCGUGCACUUGAUUUCAGCAUUCUUUAAUAUGUAGUUGGCUGAAAGUUUAAUUCUAUCCAAAACUCUUUUAAGUUUAGUGAGGAAUGAUUACAACCCCUCCUAGGAUUUAUUACUGUUUUUUUGCCCCCAUUGGGGAGAUUUCCUCUGAGCGACAGGAUGUCUAUACAAUGAGGACAGAAACGGCAACAAAGUAACACUUCUUAGUGGAGAAUGGGGAAUUGUAAGACUCGCUGUCAAGUGUUUAUCAGUCCUUGGCUUAUUGUUUUGGAAAAAAAAAACAUUUCCCUAAUUUCUGGUCUUGGUGUCACCCGUACAGAAACAAAGAGAAAUCUCAAACUAAAUUU